GUAUAGGUGGAGUGCGAAGGGAGAGGGAUGCAGAAGCGAGUCAUUAAACGGCGGCGGCUAAUCGCGCAUUGUGAAUUUCCGCCGUGCCAGCUGCUGCGCGCCAACCGGUUCAUUGAAUGAUCGCCUAUAGACGGACGGAACGAGAAAGAGAAAACGCGACGCGCCCGCCCAAUACGCCAGUACUAUAACCCGAUGGCGCUGUAUUUGGCUCCGACUGUUCCGCCGGGUGCGUUUGAUGAAGUCACCACGUCGCUGGCGAGCAUCCUGUCCGGACUUCCCGGAGACAUGAGAGUGACAGCCUCUUCUGCGCACCUGUGAGGCCAGCCUACCGCGGAAGGCAGCCUUGCCCCAGCUGCGACAUUGCGGCUGCAUCUUCGUGAAAUUUUGAUCCCGAUCCUGUCGCCCGGCACCAUGCACAGCGAGGUCGAGUACGCGGUGUUUGGAGCGCUCAUGUGCGCCAACCUCGGGUUCGGACUCUACUUUUCCUGCGCGCGGCGGGUGCGCAAGGAGGCCACCACCGAAGAGAUGUUCUUGGGGAGCCGGAGCCUCCGCACUCUUCCGCUCGCAGGCUCCGUGCUCGCGUCCAUGCUUUCUGCCAUCGGUGUUAUCGGCUUCAGCGCGCACUACUACGCCUACGGCUUCCACUACCUCUGGAACUUCAUGUCGGCUCCGCUCAUCGCCGUAAUCGUUUCCAAAAUGGUCAUACCUGUCCUCUACCAGCUGAAGGUUACAUCCGUGUUUGAGUAUUUAAGGAUGCGUUAUGGAAACAAAAUCGGACUGACAGCCUGCGGCAUUUACUUCUUCAUAAGUGUAACAAUUGGAGCCGUCGCCUUGUUCACAGCCUCUGUUGCGGUCUCGACAAUAUUCAACGCGUCCCUGUCUUGGAGCACCGUCGGCAUCGGCAUCGCGAGCACCAUCUACACUUCGCUGGGAGGAAUGCGAGGAGUCGUGUGGACCGACUGCGUUCAAUCGCUGCUAAUACUAAUGGCUCCCAUCACCGUCGUUACAAAAGUAAUCUACGACUCACAUUAUCAAGGCGAUCGACUGCAGCCGGCGAGCGACUUCAACAUAAAGGAGUACAUAUUUGACGCAAGCCUGGACUUUACAAAAGACGAGAACGUCUGGGCCUGCAUGAUUGGACUGUUCGUCCACAGCCUGUUUCGUUCGGGCAUGGACCAAGUAGUCGUCCAGAGGUACCUCGCUGCCAGAAAGCUCAAAGAAGCUCAAAGCAUCACCUACAUAGGCGUCACGUUGAACGCCUUGUACAACUUCAUCAUGGCCGGCAUGGCUGUAGCCCUAGUCUACUGGUACCGAGAUUGCGACCCGCUUCUGUCUGGUGCCAUCACCAAGCUUGAUCAGAUGCUGCCUUACUACGUGAAGGAAAAUCUGGGCGACUUUCCAGGAUUCUCGGGGCUCUUCCUCACAGGUGUUGUCAGCGCCGCCACAAGCACUGUGUCAUCCAUCAUCAACUCCCAAGCUGCCGUGUUUUACGUGGACGUAAUUUCGCAGUACAGAAAGUUUUCGUCACAGCAAGCAGCAGCCUUUACAAAAAAGAGUGCCCUCUUCUUUGGAUGCGUGCUCACCGCUUGUGCUGUAGCAGUGCCUCACCUAGGUUCAGCUGUUCGGCUUAUUUUGGUGCUGCACAGCGGAGGGACUGCACCAUUCGUUGGACUCUUCGUCUUGGGUCUUAUUUUUCCGUGGGCCAAUGCGAAGGGCGCUGCAGUCGGCACUUUGGUUGCUGGCUCUCUGCAGCUGUGGCUGAUGUUCGGAAAGAUCGCCCUCGACGUUCAUUCCCCCAGGAUGGGCGUCACUCUCGACUAUUGUCCAAUCAACGCCACUUUUCCAAUGACCAACAAUUUCACCUUUAUUACGGACGAGGUAUCGUCUGUUGAAAGGCUUUCAGAUCAUCAAGAAAACAGCCUGCUUGGCUUCUACCAAAUUUCAGCCUACUGGAGCUUAAUAUUUACCACCUUUCUUACUAUCUCUGUCGGUGUUGCAGUCAGUUUAUUAACAGGAGAGAAAAGGACGUGCGCCGAGAACUUUCCUCUCACAAGCAAACUUGCGUUGCGGUUAUGGAGGAAAUUAAGACUGCUACCAAAAGCUGAGGCCGAGAUUCCAGCCAAAGUUGAGGAAGAUGAAGACGAAAAGGACAUCCUCCGCCACGAAUUCAGACGGGACGAGUCCUUCGACUCAAAUGAGAGCAACGUGUAAUCGUUUCAUCUGGAGGUCCGCCAGGAACACCAUUAUUCAGCGCGCGCUAAGCGAGUAGGGAAGAACAGCACAGGAUUGCACGUUUCCAGUAGUGUCCUCGAGUUACAUCUCCAUUUCGACCGCUUUCUUUAUCACGAGUCGGCUAGUUCGUGUGCGAGACAAACGCACAGUCGGCAGCGACAUGCAUCGCCUCGGC